AUGAACUCUGUCACAAACACUGCUGAAGGAAACACUCAAACAACUAAAGAAAACACUGAAACACAGUCACAAACUGCUGAAAGAGGUUCAGGACAAGCAGAUAAUGAAGAUCAAAUCACUACAUCACAAGGUGAAGAAGAGGGGGAUGAAUCAAAUGUUGAUGGAUCAAGAAAGAGAAAAAAAUCUUUAGCUUGGUUACAUUUUGAGAAGUUGCCUCCAGAGCAGUGGAAAAAUGGAGAACCAAGGGCAAAGUGCAAGUAUUGCCCAACGACAAUUGCCUGCCAUCCUACCACACAUGGGACAAGUGGACUUGUUAAACAUUUACAGAGGUGUCUUAGAAAUCCCCAUAAGGCUAACAAGUUGAAGCAAUGCAUGUUCUCAACAGGGGCUGGUGGUAAAAGUUUGACUCAUCAUGUCUUUAGUCAAGACUUGUGUAGGAGAGCUCUAGUCAAAUUUUUAAUAUUGGAAGAACUGCCUUUUCAAACAAUGGAGGGUGAAGGUUUUAAAGAGCUAUUAAGGACACUAGAACCUCGCUUUCAAAUUCCCUCAAGAGCAACAGUGACUAGGGAUUGUUUAAAGCUGUAUUAUGAAGAAGCAAGAAGGUUGAAAAGGCGAAUCUUGAAUUUUUACGUGGUUGAAAACCAUAAAGGUGAUACUAUUACAGCAGAGAUUGAGAGAUGCUUGUUAUUCUGGGGCAUUGAUAAGUUGUUUACUAUAACAGUGGAUAAUGCUUCUUCAAAUGACAUUGCAAUAUCAACUUUGAAAGAUGUGUUGAAACAUUGGAAUGGUCUAGUACGUGAUGGAGAGUUCUUGCACUUGCGUUGUUGUGCACAUAUUCUUAAUCUUAUUGUUUCUGAUGGUGUGAAGGAGAUGCAUAAGUGUAUUGAAGCCAUUCGGAAUGCCAUUAAAUAUGUAAGAUCCUCACUUGCAAGGUUUCGUAAGUUUAAGGAUCUAGUGGAAAAAAUGAAAAUUGAUUCGAAGAGUCUAUUAAGCAUGGAUUGCCUAACAAGGUGGAAUUCAACCUACAUGAUGCUGGAAAAUGCUAUUAAAUUUAGCAGUGUUUUUGAAAGAAUGGCAAAAGAAGAUAGGGAUUACACAAACCACUUCUUGAAGAAGAAUUUAAUUGGUCCUCCUGAUGCAUUUGAUUUGAGACAAGCUAAAGUCUUCUGUAGCUUCUUGUAA